CUGAAUACACAACGAAAAUACAGAAAUAAAUUUCAAAGUUUUCUUUGUGAUUUCAUCCCUCCCAAACUCAACUUCAUCUUCGUCUAUAAAUUCCUCCAACUAAGCACAAAUCAGUCAACUCAAGAAAAAGAAGACGGAAUAACCGCCAGCUAUGGUAGUAGAGGAGUCGCUUCGCAUUCAAACAUUCAACCAAGUUCCAUCUGCGGAAGAAUUCGCCUUCCAUAUUGAACCGAAGAAUGUUCCAGCUGUCUUUGAAGGAUGUAUCAGGAAUUGGGAGGCUUUCUUCAAAUGGAAUCCCUACAAUGGCGGCCUCGCGUAUUUGCAGCAACAUGUGGGAUCAUCUGUUGUGCAAGUGAUGAUGUCCAGAUCUCCACCGGUCUUUUAUGGUGACAUUAGAAGUCAUGAAAGGGUUCCAAUACCAUACUCAACUUUCAUUGCAUAUUGCAUGGAUCAUUUGGAAAAUAUAGAGGAUGGCAAAGAUAAUCCUUGUCAAUCUGAAGAGAAUAGGCUGAAAUUAUCUGACAUUGAUCAAACUGAUAGCUGUGCAAAUGAGGUUCAGCAAUAUUAUCUAGCUCAGGUGCCAAUACUAAAUGUUGAGAAUGACGAUGCCGCACAAUUGAAGUGUUUGAGUGAAGAUAUUCAUACGCCUGAGUUCUUGCAGACAAAAAGCAUGUUUUCCAUUAAUUUGUGGAUGAAUAGUGCUAAGACCAGAUCAAGCACUCACUAUGAUAUCUACAACAAUCUCUUAUGCGUAGUGUCUGGAUGUAAACAAGUUUCUUUAUGGCCACCUUCCGCAAGCCCCUUCUUAUAUCCACUUCCUUUAUAUGGGGAAGCAUCAAAUCACAGUGCUAUAAUGUUAGGAAGCCCAGAUCUCUCACUUUACCCAAGGGCAAAAUAUUUGGAGGAGCAUUCCCAGAUAGUUGUUCUUCAAGCUGGUGAUGCACUUUUCAUCCCUGAAGGAUGGUAUCACCAAGUAGACAGUGAAGAUUUAACAAUUGGUGUUAACUUUUGGUGGCAAUCGGGAAUAAUGUCUAGUGUGUUGGAGCAUAUGGAUGCAUAUUAUUUGCGAAGAAUAUUGAAAAGAUUGACUGACAAAGAAUUGGACCAAAGAGUGCAACAUUCUCUAGCUGGGAAUGAAUUUGCAGCCACUACGAGUGACCUGCCUUCUAAUGCACAUAGAGAUGAUACCGAUCCUGCUGGACUAGAGCAAAAGAAUAUGUUGCACAAUUUGGGGUCCCUUGAACUCCAGUCUCUGCGUCGACUUGUUUCUUUAGUCCAUGACCAUGUCAACCAAAGCCAACCUGUGGGGUGCAGUUCUAAUGACACUCAAGGAAUUGAAAGCAAUGAUCAAGUGGCUAUCAGAAAGGAGGACUCAAGUUACUGUCUAGAAGAUCAAGUUGCUAAUCUUAUUUGGUCUCUUGAUCCAAUUACUCUUAGGAAUGUUUUUUAUGCAAUGGCUCAUAAUUUCCCAAGGACUCUGGAGGCCUUAGUAUUGCAUGCAUUGUCACCAAUUGGAGCAGAAAUACUAACUCGUAAGUUUGAAGAGGUGGACCACCUCAUGACUGUUGACAGCAGGGACCAUUUCUACCAGAUUGUCUAUGGUGUGUUUGAAGAUCGGUUUGCUGCGAUGGACAAACUUUUAAAUAGGAAAGAGUCAUUUGCCUGUCAGGCAUUCAAAGAUGUGCUUGACCAGUAUUUGGGAGUUAAUUUCAAUGAUGGACCUCAACGGCAAGUCUGAUAAACAUCCACUGCUGCCAGUUUUCCAUAUAUGAAGUAAAACCUGGCGCCACAUUCAGAUUGAUACUUCAAAUCAAAUUGGAUUCACUGAUGAAACUAUCUUUUCUUUGUGGCUAAAGGGUCAAAUAGGUCCUUGAACUCACUUAAAGUGUUCAAUUAGUCCCUUAUAUAGGAGGUUCCGCCCGGCCGUCACUAAUUGGGCCGGUUCCCGGUGAAAUUUUUUGAUAAAUUUUUUGAGCAUCUUCUUCAUUAAGUCUAGUUUACUCAUACCAAAUUUCAGCUAAAAAUUCAACCGGGAAGACAGUCAAAUGAUUUUCCAAAAUGUACAACGCUGUUUAACUUCGCAGUUAUCUUCAAAAAAUCAUUUGACUGCCUUCCAUGUUGAAUUUUUAGCUGAAAUUUGGUAUGAGUAAACUAGACUUAAUGAAGAACAUGCUCAAACAAUUUCAAUAAAAAAUUCCACCGGGAACCGUCCCAAUUGGCGACGGCCAGGCAGAACUUCCUAUAUAAGGGGCUAAUUGAACAAUUUAAGUCAGUUCAAGGGCCUAUUUGACCCUUUAGCCUUUCUUAGUCGGUACUUGAACAUGUGGUUUUCUCACUGUAUAUAGGUCCACACUCAACUACUCUGGUACUUUGAGAUUGUUAGAUUGUAUAGGAUUUAUACAAAUUUGUGGCUUUGCAAGUAAGCUACUCUUAUAUGAUCAUUUUGGGAUAUGUUUCUCUUCACUCUUCAAGCGUGUCAUCCGUGUAGUAACAAUUGUUUUGCAUGAUAUUGAAGCUCCUUCCCCUCUCCUUCCCCUUUGAAAA